AUGCACUUCACCUCUAUAAAAAACCAAACUUCAAAAGAACCCAAGAUGAGAAGAAACUUACUCAAGUUGAGGGAGAAAAUUAUGUUUUGCUCCUCAACGAUCGAAGAAAACGACUAUGUAAAAAUGCGAGUUGUCCAUGGUGCACGCCGACGACUCGUUUCUUUGAAUCCGACAUACCUGGGAGGCUACGACGACUUCUCCGGCUCCACAGCGACGACUUCUCCGGCUACACAGGGAAUGACAACUUUUCUCUCAUCAAAGAUCCGCCCACCUCUAAUUUUCAAUUCAAUCACACCAGAAAAGGAAAAUAAACAUAAACCACUGUCCACCUGUCACAUUGUUUGUAAAGAUACAUGGUCUAACAGGCGGCAUGUCUUAGCAAGUGGCGGUGUUUCAAUCUUAGCAUUCAACUAUGGAUUGCCACUAGCUUGGGCUGAAAAUGAGCAAGAGGAGAAAGAUGAAAGUUUAGUAGGGGCAUUUAAGUCAUUAUUUGACCCUAAUGAGAAGACAAAAUCUGGGAAAGUGUUGCCAAAGGCGUACUUGAAUUCAGCACGAGAAGUAGUGAAGACUUUAAGGGAAUCAUUAAAUGAAGAUCCGAAUGACAUGGCAAAAUUUAGACGCACUGCAGAUGCAGCUAAGGAAUCCAUACGCGAGUAUCUAGGCAGUUGGAGAGGAGAGAAAACAGUAAUCAAUGAGGAAUCAUAUGUUGUGAUUGUGAAAGCAAUUAGAGCACUGGCAAGUUUCUACUCAAAGGCGGGCCCAUCUGCUCCCCUUCCGGAAGCAGUCAAGUCAGAAAUCAUGAGUAAUCUUGAUACAGCAGACAAGUUUUUGUAAGCCUUCAUUUUGGGUCUUACAAGUACAACAAUUUAGCAUUCUAUUGAAUUUUACUAAUAUUUUGUAAGGUAGAAGACAGAGAAGCACAAUGUACUUUUCUCAUUUUAUCAUUUUAGUCAUGUUAUGUAUCUAUUUUUUAUAGUGAUGUUAAAAAUUCCGAGUUGAACAUUAUAUACAAUUCAUAUUUUUCUUGUGACCGAACAA